AUGCAAGAAAUCACUCAUCGUCGGGAGCCGCAUCCGCUUGCACUCUUCUCGUUGGCGCCCAUGUCACCAGGCGCCCGUGAUGCCGUUCUACAUCGCGCCAACGAUCAUUUGAGGUCAGCCUGUCGAGGGAUCCAAGACUUUGUGCUCAACGUCGGGCACGUGCAGUCGAGACGCAACGACGACACUCUUGCCUCGAUGGGCCGGGACGGAGACGUGGUGUUGCAGGGCUCAUCCAUCAGCAAGCUCCAAUGCGCGUUCGAGAUCGACCCCAGCUUGCACUUCAUCGUCCUCCACGACAAGUCAAGCCACUGGAACACCCAGGUCUACGGUGAGAACGCAACGCCAUUCCCGAGCGGAUGUAUGCCGCGCCGGGUGCGCGUCAGCCCCCAUCAAAACACGAGGAUCGGCAUGGGCGGCAGGAACGGCGACGUCAUCGUCUUCAACCUCAUCUGGCAUCAGCAGCACGACUUGGCAAUAUCUCAGGUCAUCGAGGAGCGGAGGCACACUCGGCUGGAAGAAAACCCGGCGUUUUCCAUGACGGGGCAUGGUGACGAAGACACGGCUGCGCCCUCGUCAACCUCUCGUUUGCUGUCAAUCAUGGCCAACUACGUUCUCCUGGGAAAGUUGGGACAGGGUCAAUAUGGACAAGUCUACAAGGCGACGCACAGGCUGACAGGGCAGUCCAUGGCGGUCAAGUUUCUCACUUCUGCCCCUGAACGCCGUGGGCGGAUGAAGCGAGAGGUAGACGCCUUGUCCCAGCUCCAUCACGACAAUAUCGUCAACUAUCUUGGCAUGGAAGACUGGCAAACGACGUCGCCCAAGAUCUUCAUGGGCCUGAAAGAUGGCUGCGCCAAGGAACUCAUCUGGAACAUGAGGGGCGGAGAUGCAUCCACGACGCUGCGGGUCAUGUUGCAUCACAUGCUUCAAGCCCUCGACUAUCUCGACGUCAAGGGCAUCGUGCAUCGGGACUUGAAGCCCGAAAACAUCCUCUACGAGAGGCGGGUCGGCGGGUAUCGCUUUGUGCUCGGCGACUUUGGCCUUUGCAACAGCACCGACCUGGCCGCCACCAUUGGAGCCGGCACCUUCAUUUACAUGGCGCCUGAAAUGCUCCAAAGGGGCAUGCAGACACCAAAGGUCGACAUCUGGUCCCUCUUCGUCACAUAUCUCUCGCUCUCCAGCCAAGGAGGGAGGUUUUACGAAGAGGCGAGGGCCAAGCACAGCGCGGGCCGCUUCGCGCCCGCGGACCAUGAACUGGUCGUUGCGCUCGUGCUGAGCUUCGCAGGGCACCAAGAUGUUGCGCAUAUCCGAGAGAUGGCAGUCCGAGAUCCCGUGGGGCGCGCCUCUGCAGCGUACAUGCUGGUCAAAUUGUUUGGCGGCCAUGGCCUGACGACGCCUGUCGAGAACCUCGCGUCCCGUCUGAUUGCCCGAGGGCGGAUCCAUUGA